AUGGAACAGCCUUCCACCACCGGUCUCACGGCCGGUCUGACCAAGGCAAGCGCCGCUCGUGAGCCGCUACCGGGCGAAGCAUACAUUAUACGCUUCAAAAACCCCUGCCGCAACUACAGAACUGACCUCUGGAUUGGAAUUAUCACUACGGAGGAGUUCGGACCAUGCAAAAAGCUCCACGGACGCGCCACCGGCGCUAAGAACUCCGACGGCUCCUGGGACAGCUCCCCAUGCGAUCGUGUUUAUCCAGUUUACAUGCCAGGCCGAAACAGCUAUCCCCGUGACGAUGCGUCGCUCUUUCGACAGCUGCAGAAAAUUGCGCUAAAGGAUCCGGGCUCUCGUUUCUGGGAAGAUAUGGCAGAGAAAGAGAUGGCCGAGAAAGGAAAACGCAGCCGAUUGCUAUCUUUGGUCUUGCCGGAUAGCUAUGAGAACAUUCUUGUGGGAAUUGAAGAGCUUCCGGAGGCUUCUUUACCUGCCAGGGCCAUGGUGCAGUCUUCUUUAGAGACUGGUCCUGGGAAUCUUCCCUGCCCCGCUGCUGCCCUGACUGACAACCAUGUUCCGGAUUUUUCACAGUCCCACCAGGGAGUUAAAGUCAAGUGUGAGGAUGACAGUGACCAUGGUAAGACAAGCACAGGUGUCCUUGAGAUGAGUCUGCAAGUCGCAAUCGAAUCCUUGAUACUUGGGAAGCCCGAAGCAGGAGAGAUCCAGGCCUUCUUGGAACAUAUGAGCGAACUUCGGUCCCAACCGGAAUUUAUACUGCUGAAGUCCUGGUGCCUAACAAAAGAAUUCCAACCUCGUCUUAUUCAAAUCAAUAGCCCAGGCGAAGAAAUGAGAGACGAAAGAUCCUCCGAGGAUACCGCGCGAUCUGAAAUUGGUGAUAUCAGGAAUAUCGGUCGACAGUGGCAGCUGCAAGAUAUUCGCACCUCGGACGAUCUCCGCGAAACGAUCCGCUCUCUCGGAAAUCUUUACGUCUACGCGCGUCGGCUGAAUCUGGAUGAAAUGAUCCGGAAUAUUACAUUGAAGCUGCAAGUCGCCUGGAACUCGUACCCUGGUCUUUGCCAGUUAGAACCAAUUCUCGAUGUCACAGCAAUCGUCUACAAGAGCUACUGCCCAUCGACCGCGAAGGACCAUCUGCAAGAGUGGCUGCCUAGGUUCGUUGCCGAAGUGCAGGACUUGAUGCUGCUUGCCUGCUCGCCAAAGUUCCAGUCUGUUAUGCGGGACAGUCCCAGUCUGUACCAUGAUGUCUCUGACCUGCGAGUGAAGUUUGUUCUUCAGUCGCCCACAAAAUACACAGAUGCACGCCUUCUUCUCGAGAGUCGCGGAAUUGACCGGCUUUGCGGAGUCGAGUGUCUGGUAUGA